AUGACAAAAGUGAAGAUAUUACGGGGUAUUUUUUUUCCUACAUUUGUGGAAUUAAAAAUUAAAAUAAAUUAUUUAUUGUUUAUAGGAAUUGAUCCAGCAUUGUGGGAACUGGGCAAGCAAAAAAAUCCUGACCCAAAGAAAUUGAUACCUGUUGUAAAAGUGGGAUUUCAGGAAUUACAGAAACAGUUCAAGUAUCAAGAAGAAUAUGGCAAUAAAAUUCAUAAUAGUAUGAAGAAUAUUAUGGAUGAUAUAAGACAAUUAAGUUGUAUGCAGACGACAAUUAAAGUUACCAUUCAGAAUUUUAAGUUGAAACAGACAAAUAUAAUGCGCCGAGUUCUAAAAUUGGUGUCAGCACAAGAGGUUGAAAGGAAAAAAAAUCUACCACUAGAAGAAAUAGAGGAUCAGAUUCGACUGCGAUUAGAAAACUUGUAUAUGCAGCUGCAGGACCUCAAGGGAUGUUUGAAUGAACUAAUGGCUCAGUCUAUAAAGCCUGGUAGUUUUCCGCGAGCCCAACGGUAUGGACUGGUUGUUGACAAAGUGCAGGAUAUAUCACAAUACCUAAAAUGGCAGCAGGAUGCACUUCAGGCUAUAGUUAACAUACUUAAGGAAGAUAUACAAGUGGUCGUUAACAUAAAGAAGAACAUCAGCUAAGUUUUGAGAGUUAAGGAAAUUGGCUAACCGUCAACCAACUUCCCCAAACCACAUUCAAACAUUGGUAAUUAACCCUAUCAUUGUUUAACACCUCCCUCCACCCUUUCAGGGAGGGUAUGAUGCUACACUGAAUUUUUUUGGUUCGUAACCAGCAACACACAUUGAACUGAUGAUAUUUCACUCUCUCAGGGAGGGUAUGAUGCUACACUGAUUUUUUGUUUGUAACCCGCAACACACACAUUGAAUUGAUGAUAGUCAAUAAAUUAAAUUUUAGUCUAGUU